UAUUUAAAAGCUGAAGAACGCUGCUGCUGCCAAACAGCACGAUACAGCCGGAGACUGCAGUCAACAAUGAAGCUCUUCAUUCAUUGCCUCCUUCUUCUGCCAUUUGCAACUAUGGUGUUAGCAGCUCCAAUCAGAGUACAGAGAAACCCUCCAAGUAAACCUUUGAAAGAGAGAGACUCUAGAGAUACGUCAAAUGCACAAUCCACAGAGAGUUUGGACACGAAUGGAUUUACAGGAGUAUCUGGUAACAAUGGAGGUGGAGGCACAGUCAUAGACCUCAGGAGCCAUGAGAUCAUAAUCCCCAAAGCUGUGAGAGAUGAAAACACACCGUCACCAAGGAGAACAGGAGCAGACAAAGACAAGAUGGACUUGGUGGAUAUGAGCAGAAGACUGGAUCCAGACCAGGCAGGCAGAGAGCGGAGUGAUCUUCACAGAGAGGAGGCAACGACAGUGGAUACUCAGCAUGGAAAACAAGUUAACCACUUGAGUGGAGGCCAAGUGAGCGACGGUGCUCAUCUCCAAAGAAGAGGAGCAAGAGUUAAUGGGUCUAAUGGUACACUGACCCCAGGCCAAAACAGAGAACUGCAAGACCGGAACAGUUGGGAGCAGAACAAUGGCAGAGUGGCUACAGUGGGAAACAGUAGAUAUACAGACUAUGAUGAAACCAGGGAAUACAUCAGCUCUGAAAUGUACCCAUUAGGCGCAGAACAAAUACCCAGUCACUUGUCUGUUCCAGCCAAGAUCUGAGCGUCCCACUGAUCAUGUGAAGAUUCUGCUUCUUCCCCAUCAUGAGUCAGGGGCAGCCAUCUGUUGACUCACAGGGGCCAGACAGGAUUCUUCCACAUACAGUCACUUCUGGGACUUUUUGAUCCAAAUUUAGGUUUUUACAUGUUUUGUUUUGUUUUGUUGACUUGCCCAGAAAUAUAAGAAAGAAAGAGGUUUUAACAAUUUUGGAAACUGGCCAUCUAACUGAGGCUUGAAUUAUUUUUUAUUUUAUCUCUGUAUCUCCAUAAGUCUUUGUAUAGGUUCUGCAAUGUGAGAAUGUGUAACUAACCCUCGAAAAUAUAAAAAGAAAGAUGGUAAUUCA